AUGUCUUCAUGCUCGGGAGCUGCAGUGGAUUCUUCUCCCAUUUCAGAGGGGACACAUCAAUGCUUCCAGUCAGAAGGUUCGAGUUCCGUGGUCGGCAUUGAACUCCCUUCGAUGGUGGACCUCUCCAGUGCUGUCAAAGGGCACAGAGUUCAUGGAACAAGCCAGAGUCAUCAUCACCACAGAUGCCAGUCUAUUCGGCUGGAGAGCGCAUCUCCAGUCUCUCUGGGCCCAGGGUCGUUGGUCUCAGGAGGAUUUGAGAAACAAUAUCAACUGGCUGGAGCUCAGAGCCAUUCAUCUGGCCCUACAGCAUUUCAGCAACAUGAUAGCGGAGGUUCUCUUGGUUGCUUCUCAUUGGCCGAGGCGACCGUGGUUCGUGGACCUGAUGGAGCUCUCCAUCUCAUCUCCAUGGAGGAUCCUGGCAGGUCGUAUUUCCCUCACCCAAGGGGAACUCCAGCACCUGGACCAGCAGUGGCUCCAACUAAUCGUUUGGCACUUGAGAGGCGGGCCUUGAGUCUGGACUCAUAUUCGUUGAGAAUGAUAGCCGUGAUUCAGCAAUCCAGGCACCCUUCGAUGAAUAGAGUAUAUGAUGCCACUUGGAGGAGCUUCUGCACUUGGUGCGCAGGGCACAGGGUGGAGCUUUCGGGUGUCUCAGUUCCAGUUGUAUUGGAAUUCCUGAUGGAUGGGCUAGAUAAGGGAUUAUCACCGAACACUAUCCAUAGACAGGUUGCUGCUCUCACUACGGUACUCACGUGUGACAAUGCCACUCCGCUGACUCACCACCCCUUGGUUCGUUCCUUUUUAAAAGGAGCAACCAAUGCCAGGCCACCGACAGUGCACCGAUACCCUUCAUGGGACCUUCACCAGGUCUUACAGGCACUCAUUGCACCUCCAUUUGAACCUAUGGAAACAUGUCCACUAGAUCUGUUAUCUAUGAAGGUGGCAUUCCUUGUGGCGGUCACAUCGGCCAGGCGAAUUUCAGAGCUGGCUGCCUUUUCAGUCAGAGAGGACCUGUGCAUUUUCUUCUCAGACAGGGUAGUCCUCAGACUUGACCCUUCCUUUAUUCCCAAGGUCUGA